AUGGUCGGUGUCAAAGAGAGCAUAAAAUACUAUGACUUCUUCGACAUAAAGGAGCGCUGGAUCUUAAUGGUUGGGUGCAGUUGUGACGAGACUACCAACAAUUUCCAGCAUCUUAUCCAUUGGCCUCUGUUUUAUACUCUUUGGCCAUUCAAGAGCACAACCAUAUUAAAUUCAAUUCAGUUGCCAUAUAAUAAUUGGCUAAAACUGGAGUCAAAACGUAAAGUGCUAUACGAGUGGACAUUAAGCUCACGAGUCGUUAGGACUAAAUACGGCGGACUUCGGGGCUCUAUUGUCACACUUCCUAAUAAAAACCUACAGCCGGUCGAAGUGUUUUUGGGCAUUCCGUAUGCAUCGCCACCGACUGGCAAAUUGCGUUUCAUGCCUCCGGUGACACCGGCCAUCUGGUCCGGCACUCGCAGUGCACACACAUUAGGCUCUGUUUGUCCGCAAAAAUUAAUUAAUAUAAGCAAUGAAACGGAAUCUCUGAAGACUAUGACAACGGGUCGACUCAAUAUAUUGAAGCGCUUAUUACCAGCGCUUCACAACCAAAGCGAAGACUGUCUGUAUCUCAAUAUCUAUGCGCCGGCAAACGACAGCCAUUUGUUGGACGGAUAUCUCAUACAAAGUGAUGACUAG